AUGCUUUCACAACAGCAGCGUCAACAGCAGCUAAUGCUAGAUGCACGCCGACGUCAAAUGCAGAUGAUGGCUGCGAAGCCGCAACCAAACGCUGGCAGCAACAGUGUCUCUACUUUACAACAGCAAAUGCAGCCUCAAUCAGGGACAAUGGGGUCCAAAUAUGAUGAUCUGCCCAGGUUAGAGCCCGCUGAUUUUGUCUUCAUCAGUGAUAAUCCUAAACCGGUUGGUCUAGUUCCCGCCUUCUUCGGGCCCUUUGAAUCCGCCUGCCAGCAUGGUCCCCUCUCCAUCGUUCAGUCCAUUGUCUCAUCCAAUAAUCUCACACCUGCUUUUCUCCACCAUGGUCUCACACGUGCCCUACGCUCUGGUAAUAUUGAGGUUGCUCGUUAUCUCCUUGCUAGUGGCGCACCAAUUGUUCGCGAAACUCCAAGCAAUAUAUUCUUUGUAUCUUUGGAACAACAAAUUGCUCUCUUUGGGCUCUUGACCCAAUACGGGUGGACUCCCAAUACCCCGGGUUAUUAUGGUCGUACCUUGCUUCCUCAGACCGUCACGAGCCUCCAUCUUCUUCGUUGGUUCAUCAACCAUGGAGCCAAUCCCAAUCUUGGUGUGCAGAAAACUUUCCAUGACAGACGUGGUGGGCCAGAUACUUCCUCGUGUGCCGCACUCGAGGUAGCUGCGAUUCGUGGAGAGGUUGAAGCAGUGCGUUUGAUUUUAGAUGCGGGUGCUAAGAUUCAAAACGGUGUUCCACUACACUAUGCUGCCGGGGCUCGUCCUCCCGGUGCGAAUCCACAUUCUGAGCAUGUUGUACCAAGUCGAGAAUUUGAUAUCAGUAGGAUUCCAGUAAUGGCACUACUGGUUGAUCGUGGAGCUCAGGUUAAUCAGAAAGAGGAGUCACGACACAUGGUCGCACAGUACGCAAUUGUGUAUGCGGUGAUGGCAGGAGCAGUUGAGCGGGUCAAGUGGUUGUUAGAGCACGGGGCAGAUCCACAUAUAAAAGGAAGCUGGGGUAGUGCAGCUGAGUAUGCACGAACUGCAGGGAAUGAAGAAAUAACCAAGGUCAUUGAGGAAUUUACUCACGGGAAAGUAUGA